UCCAAUCCUGUUCAUCAUCAAACCAUAGAACGAUUUUGCUCCUCAACUUUCUGCUGUCUUGCACCGAACCUGCUUCUCCGUCUCAGGCUAAGUGUCGGCAACAAGUCGCUUUUGACCGUUGGGUCAAGCUCUCCCCUAAUCUUUCUUAAACUAUUACUGCCCCUUCUCAUCGCCAAGGAGAUCUAUACCAUUCACCAUCGGUUGACGGAAACACAGCCAAUACCCCCAGACCGUUCACAUUAGGCAAGAUGGCAACGUCUCAGCCGCAUCUGGAGCGCUUUCCGGCUGAGAUACUGUGCCAUGUGUAUGCCCAGCUGGAUCUCGAAAGCGCGCUCAGCCUGUCCAAGACGUCUCUUGUGCUUGCUCACGUUUUUAAGGAGAACUGGGGAGCAAUCCUGUUCUCAAUUCUCGAGAGAGACUUCAGCCCUUUGGAAUCGCUCCUUGGAGUUCCGGUAGUGCUCCCUGAGCAAUUCAACAGCCCUUACUGUGCGUGGCUCAGACCUCGUAUCUACUUCAGCGGCCGUUUGGUCUCCGAGGAAGACAUCAAGGGGCUGCUUCCGCAGGUCAGCUAUCGGCGGGAGCAUGUGAGAAGCCUUCUGGGAAUCUGCAAGGUGGUGAAGGCUUGGGAAGCUGCGUUCCCUCGUUUGCGAUUCUCUCAACGGGCCCAGUUUGCUCGUAGCCUUCACGGGCACGAGAAUGAGCGUCUCCGCGGGGCAUUGUACAACUGGUGGCGUUAUGCAAUGUUAUUCCACCAUGAUGCCCACCGGACCGACUACUGGGUCAGGGAUUCCCGAAUGCCCGACAUGCGUUGCAACAAUCUUCGAACGUUGUCGACCGCCCAGCUGUACGAGUUGCAGGACUUGUGGGAGACUGUCCGAUCAGCCGUUGCUACUGACCUCUGCCCAUCCGUCCCUCUCGUGCUGCACAACGCGGGGAAAUCGCUUUCCAGGACUGAAGCCGCCCGCCUUGGCUGGGGCCAUUCAGUCGAAAAUGACACGAUAGUCUCGACAGUGAUGAGACUUGUUCCUGACCAGAUGCUCCAUUUCCUCGAGUCGCGGCACGUAUAUGCCACGAAAAAGAGCCUGAUAACCGCCAUUCGCUUCUUACGCCCCUCGAUUGAGAACCAUGUGGAAAGCCUGACCGGCACUCUUCACUCAGUGAUCCGUGAGCGGCGCGAGCUGCUCAAGAUGGAGGUCGGGCAGCGUGCCUUGAAACGCAAGCGGUACUUCCCAGCGCGCAGUUUCCCCAAGCCCCACGGAGGGAUCCUGGAUUAUCAGGCUCAGAGAUGGCAGAAGGUUCGCGUGAAGUACGGGAACGACGGGGGCAAGGGCCUUGGUCUUGAUGCCUAUGGUCCACACAUCUCCAUGGCUUUCCCUUAUUUGCACCGCCUGAUGCCUGCUGGGCUCUUGGAGCCGUCUCAGUAGAUGAGGGUAUUACUGUUCAUUUUCUGCACGCAGUCUUCUGUGGCUCACUCACUGUGGCCUUGCAUGACUGUUGUGGAACCCAUCUUCUUAAUUGCUUGGGGGGAGACGUGUGUGU